GGUCCGCGUCUGAAGAGUCUGGAAUAUGCGAUGUUUUUCUCACUGGAUUAUCAAUACUGUUCAUCAUAGUUACUUUCCCGAUUUCUAUUUUUAUGUGCUUCAAAAUUGUUCAAGAAUAUGAACGUGCUGUGGUAUUUCGGUUAGGUCGUCUUUCGAAAGGCGGAGCCAGAGGACCUGGUUUGUUUUUCAUUAUACCGUGCACUGAUAAUUAUUGCAAAGUGGAUUUGAGAACGGUGUCUUUCAAUGUACCCCCGCAAGAAGUGCUCAGCAAAGAUUCCGUAACCGUGUCUGUGGAUGCGGUGGUGUAUUAUCGCAUCAGUAACGCUACCAUUGCCGUGUCCAAUGUGGUGAACUAUGAUUCGUCUACGCAGCUCCUGGCUGCAACCACCUUGAGGACUGUUCUGGGCACUAAGAGCUUAUCUGAAAUUUUAUCUGAAAGGGAACAUAUCAGCCAUGUUAUGCAGGCUAGUCUUGAUGAAGCAACAGCACCUUGGGGCGUGAAAGUCGAAAGAGUGGAAAUAAAGGACGUCAGACUGCCCCAGCAGAUGCAGCGAGCCAUGGCUGCUGAAGCCGAAGCUGCCCGGGAAGCUAGAGCUAAGGUGAUUGCUGCAGAAGGCGAACAGAAAGCGUCCAGAGCCUUGAAAGAAGCUGCUGACGUCAUUGCCGAGUCUUCUGGAGCCAUGCAACUGCGCUACUUGCAGACGCUGACGACGAUUGCUGCAGAGAAGAAUUCCACCGUCGUAUUCCCGCUGCCCAUGGACAUUCUCAGAGGAAUGGGAAUGAAGUCGACAUGAGUACCCCCCCCCCCCUGUUGGAGACUAAAUAAUCUAAGGUUGGAGAUGCCAGAAACUGUGAUUGAUAUUUUUUAGAAAUGUUCUGUUCUUUAGCAUCACCGUAAAUAUUAACUGCGUAAACUUCGAUGGAGUUGAGAAGAUUAUUCGAAGAAGAUUGAAAACUACGACCAAGGGAAUUGUUUCCCCCUCCAUUAAACGCAAAAGCGCGUGAUUAAUGUUUUUCUAAAGACAUAUCGGUUGCUUCACUUAGCAAGACUGAUAACUAAAUUUCAAUACAAUCUGACCUUGUUAGGAGGAAUUUGAAACAUAAGAUUUAAAAGCAUUUGCUAUUAAAUUGAUAACAGUUUUUACUUUUGAUUGUUUUUAAACAGUAAUAGGUCAUUUAAAAUGGUGAGAAUUCUCGUUGAGUAGAUUUAAUAUUUUUAAUAAUUAAAGCUAAUGAAUAGAUCAAAUCAUCUCCAAUCAGUUCAUAAAUAAUUAUUUCUUCCCGAAAUAAAUCUUUUACUGCAUGAAUAACUUACUCGUUUGACAAGAGCUCAUUAAUUUUUAUUUAUUUAUUUAUUUAUUUAUUUAUUUGUAAAAGUUGCGUACGAUCGGCUAUUUUAGUUGAUUAAAUUUCUUGCCAGUGCGGUUUUUUAUUUAUUUAUUUAUUUAUUUAUUUUUUUUUUUUUUUUGUAUUACAGAAUUUCAGUGGCGCUAUCUGUGAAAAGCUAACCAACAACAGUGGUAGAUCACAUGUUACAUUAAUACUUUUAUGAUAAAAUUCUCACUGAAUAUAAGAAAAAACUUUUUAUUUUUCAUUUUAUACGGCAUUUGAAUCAUAUUGAAUAUUGGGAUUAAUUUUUAAAAACUUAUAAUCAUUUAAAUAUUUGUUCUUCCUAAUAAGCUUCGGUUGCAUUAGAAAUGAUAGUUUAUAUAUAUUUUUUAAUCUUAAGUGCAUAUACGUACAGCAUUCUUUUAUUGCUUUUUUAUUGUGAACAUUUUGUGAUUUUUAUAUAAAGUAUAUAGUUGGUCUCAUA